GUGAAUGGGGCCUUUGUGGGGGCUUCCCAGCAUUCCAAGGGAAUUCUUGCAGGUGAAGGUUUGCAAACAAUCCCAUGCUUAGGUGACUGUUGCAGCUUACUGUUUCCAACUGAAAAUGCAAAAUGCUCUGAGAGCAGCCAAGGAUUUACAGUGCUCAGCUCUGCUAACCUUAAAGGACGAGCAGCAACAACAAAGGGUGUGAUCAGGAGCGCAGGCGGGAGUGGGAGGGAAGGAUCCCGUUCUUCUAACCAGCAAUCAGAGUGAACGCAUUGGAUCUAACAGUGCUGUUAUUGGGUGUGGAUGAGUGCUCAUACAUGCGUAACAGACUGGCUGCACUCAGACAGAUCCCUGGAAAACACCAUUAACCGCUCUCAUAGAAAAGCACCAUGCUCGGUGAGUGGCUGUGGUGGGACCGUUUGUGGCUGCCAGCGAACGUGUCCUGGGCCGAUCUCGAGGACACCGAAGGUCGCGUCUACGCUAAAGCCUCCCAGCUUUACGAUGUCCUGCCGUUUGCCCUCUGCCUGCUUCUAGUCAGAUACCUGUUUGAAAGGUUCGUGGCCACUCCACUGGCCGAUGUUUGGGGGAUCAGGGACAAAGUGCGUAUCAAGGCAGAAAAAAACCCUGUCCUAGAAAACUACUUCUGCAGCAAAGCACGAGUUCCAUCGCAGGCUGAUGUGAGGUCUCUGUGCAAGAAGACUGGAUGGCCAGAGAGGAAAGUUGAAGUGUGGUUCAGGAGGAGGAGGAAUCAGGACCGCGCGGGGCUUCGGAAGAGGUUCUGCGAGGCCAGCUGGAGGUGUGUGUUUUACGUGUUUGCAUUUUUUGGUGGCGUCCUCGCGCUCUACGAUAAACCUUGGCUUUAUGAUCUGAGGGAGGUUUGGGCAGGCUUUCCCAAACAGUCCAUGCUGCCCUCACAGUACUGGUAUUACUUCUUGGAAAUGGGCUUCUACUUUUCUCUGGUCCUCAGCCUCACGUUUGAUGUGAAACGGAAAGACUUCAGAGAGCAGGUGAUUCAUCAUGUAGCUACGUUGACUCUUCUGAGCUUCUCCUGGAUUUCAAACUACAUCCGUAUUGGAACCCUUGUGAUGGCAAUCCAUGACUCUACUGACAUACUGCUAGAGGCUGCAAAGGUUCUCAACUAUGCCAAAUGGCACCAGACUGCUAAUGCCAUUUUUGUAGUGUUCACUGUCCUCUUUAUGCUGACAAGACUUGUAAUUUUUCCUUUCUGGCUCAUCCACUGUACAUGGGUGUACCCACUGGAGCUCUUUGCUCCGUUCUUUGGCUACUAUUUCUUCAAUGUCAUGCUGGUGGUCCUACUGAUCCUCCACCUCUACUGGGCGGCUCUCAUAUCACGAAUGCUUUACAAGUGUCUCUUCAGCACGCUGGAAGGCGAUGACAGGAGCGAUGAAGAGGAGGAUGACAGUGACUCACUGAAGGAUAGAAACCACAAACAGAGUCACAUGAAUGGGUCUGGUGCCAGAGGGCGGGCCAAUGGCCACUGACACGUACAGACAGAAAAGAUGGGCGGCAGACGUGCGGACAUGUUCUAUCUGCAGUGCAGCUGAUGUUUUAAAAAAAACACAUUUUUGAAGGAUGCCAUAUAAAUGUAUGAAGCUGCAUUGUUCCCUGAAUUCAGAGCAUUUAUUUUAUUCUAGUCUUAAUUAAAAUACAGGAUGACUCAUCUGCUUUUGUUGCUUUCAGUGAUGAUGACUGUGUUUUAGAGUAAUAUUUAAAGUGUUGUAAUUACAAUACAUAUUUAGUAGACUGUGACUUUUCAGAGGAUUUCACAUAAUGAACCACAAAAUAAACCUCUAAAUACAACAUAUUA